CCCCACGCGGAGCAGUGAGAUUCAGCGCACGAUGUCAACAAGGCGUAAUAUUCUACUGCUGCUCGCAGUGGCCGCGAGCUCCGUCUUCUACGUUACGCUCGGGCAGCAGCCAGUGAGUGAGCUGUGCCUUGGCUGCAUCUGUGAGGCUAUAUCCAACUGCAACCGCUCCCUAGGAUGCAAUGGCGACGUGUGCGGCCUGUUUAGAAUCACAUGGGCAUACUGGGCAGAUGCAGGCAAGCCAGUCAUAGCUCAGGAUAAUGCAGACAAUGAAGGAGCAUAUGUCCGUUGUGUGACAGAGCCAUUCUGUGCUGCCACUACAGUACAGGGAUACAUGGCAAAGUUUGGGAAGGAUUGCAAUGGUGAUGGGAUAGUGAAUUGUUUUGAUUAUGCAGCAAUUCAUCGCCUUGGAGGUUAUGGCUGUUCUGGAGCACUAGACUACAAUUACCAGAACAAGUUCAUGAACUGCCAGCGCCAAGUACAGCAGCUUGCUGGCUGAAAGUAAAUGGGAUAUCUUCUGCAGGCCAGGAAGUCGUAUUCAAUUCCAGAUAUCCUGUGGAACAUCCUCACAAUAGCGGAGACAGCAGGCUGCCAUGAUGACUUCACUGCCCUCUAAAAUGACAUUUUUAAGUAUGAUGUGUUUUUUAUUUUUUGUAAUUUUAAUUUUACAAUAAAAACGUAUUUAAACAUG